CGACGACGACGACGACGACGACGACGACGACGACGACGAUCAUCACCAGGACCGUGCCAGUGUGCGUCCAUCGCCGGGCGUCCUCACGAAAUCAUGGAGGUCCUGCCGUGUCCUGUCAAUGUGGAUUUCAGCAACACUAGGGCUGAAAGCGCGACGGACGAGUUGGACGGUGCUUGCCAGGCGCUGGCCAAGAGGCUGGAAGUUGAGCUUAGGAGGGCUAAGCACGCUCAGCUGGCUUGCGGCGAGGUCCUACUGCCGGCUGACUUGCUGCCCAAGAUAGCCAAAGACGUACUUAAUAUGGCAGAGAACGAGCCUUGUGGCCUCCGAGGCUGCACGCUGUUCAUCAGUUUCGAGACGGACAGCGUGUGUCGCAAGCUCUCGAAAAUACAGUGCGAUCCCAGCGCUGUGUCGACCUUCGAGCUUUAUCUCACGCUGAAGCAGGACCACACGUCUUGGCAUAUCCUGCUACCUCAGUUCUUAAAAAAUCUCACGCGCGGUGGCACUAUCAUGAUCAGCAGGGACUUCACUCUGCAGAAGAAGAAGCUCUACAGGUCCUACCAGCAGGCCCAUUGAGAGGUCUCUGUGUCGCCGGAUGCAGAGCCGGAUGAUUUUGUAAGUUCAUGAGCUCCCGUUGCGCCGACGAGCGUAAACGGCCAUUUUUUGUCAGUCUGUCGCCCUGUGUGAGAGCAUGUCAACCGGACGAUGCCGGGAGACCAGGAAGAGGAAUCUAGACAGCGGAAGCGGCGACGCGAAUCCUCCAGGCGUCUGAACACCGUCGCCAUGUUGAUGCGGUAUGUUGCGUUUAACCCUUUAAUCGCGCGAGCCCUAUGAACGCGAGCGGCAUUCCGGCGGAAUGCGCGGCAGCAAUUGUGGAUUUUUGCGUUUAGAAUUUAAUUCGACGAACAAGGCAACUAGGAGUGUGCAGAAGCGCCGACUCCUCGUCGGAGCGCGGUCGCAGUUUAGACGCGGCCGUUCUCUCUUGGAGCAACGGAAGGAAACUUCGAUUUUACGUAGGGCAAUCGAGAUCUAAUAAUAAUAGUAUAGAGACUCAAGCGCUCGGGUGUAUCCACGGAUCUAGUUGUUUGAAGAAGUCGAGGAAGCGCGAAGAAAGUGAGCAUCCUCAGGUCUGAGAAUCUGCAGGAUCUUCAACGUUUCGGAGAGCUCGAAUAUUCGUCGGGAGCGUAGCGAGUAGUAGAACGUCGAGACGUUCCGAAUUCGGAGCCCAAAUCUCUAGGGUCAGCACGAUCUUUCAGUUCGGGCGACGAGUCGAGCAACUAGAUUCGGGGGAUACGAGAGCUCUUGAGAGCUUUUGCGAGAGUUUUACAUUCGCGAGGUCGAGAGACUGUUGAAUUUAAGGUAACUAACAACUUUGAGAUGUGAGGAUUCGCGAAGCUGAAGUUUUCGCGACCGGCACGGUAGUAACGGUAAGUCCAGCUCGUCCUUGGCGUUGAGGGGCGAAUCGAUUGAAGGGUUAACGACAACACGACCGCGAUAUAACGACUCUUUGGUUUUGUUCUGCUGUCACUUUUGCAAUAUUAUAUUCGGGGAGAGGCCUAUGCGUUCGAUAAUUGUGAUAGCGCGAGACAAGUUCUGGCAGUAGCAGAUCUAUCGCGAGGAGAGGCUCGCGCCUUCGUUUUUUCGAAGAAGAUAUGUGAUUAUAAGACUUUUAACAAAUUUCACGUGAUACGUAGCGUAUAUGAUUAGUUUUAGAGCGCGCGUUUUACUGAUUAAUCGUAGUCAGGUAGCUAUAGUCGCGUCGGAUGUUUAGUGACGAUCUUUUGAGGACGCGCGCGCCGCUCUCGGCACGAGAGCUCGCGCGCGUCGUCUGCUUUUUCAUUGAAUGUGGAUGAUCAUAUUUGGAACCAAUGUGGCAACGUAUUUUUCACUAAUGACCCUUUACAGAAAUUCCGCGAGAUAGCCUGGAAAAAUGAACACGAGGUAUGAUUGUUGUCGCUUCAUUGUGGUCGAAUCAUUUGGAUAAUUAGGAAUUGAACACACAGAGCUUGAACAACAACUCACAUCUUUGCGUUCUGAGAGAUGCUUCUUCUCUCAGAGAAUCUUCUCCACUUCGGGAAUCGUGGAAGACACUUUCCUCGAGAAAGUGGUUUUUGAACUUUCAAUUUUUCAGCAAGAGAAUCUAUUCCCUUUAAGUAACGGAAAAGAUUCUGACGGUGUGCUCGCGAUGUGCAUUUUUCCGGGGUGUCUUGCACGUCGGUUUGGUAGAUGAUGAAGUCCAGUCCAUCCCGUCAUUCCAUCUCACGAUCUUCCCCCUCGUUGUUCUCUGCCUUUGUGGCACAGUCGCCAUGAAAAAUCUCAUAUUAAAUUAUAAUAAUAUCUAUUCUCUCGUGGUAUCGGACACACGAAUACGUUAACGCUCGCGACAAUUGUCUCGAACAGUUCGUUUAAGCCGUCGUAUCUCGCUGCGACAAAGGCAGCGCACUUUCAGUUUUCAAUUCUGCAGGCCGGUUCAAUUCUUUUGCCUGGACCAAGUCCCGAAACCCCGUCGUUACAGUAUCCUGUCGCGUUUUAGAAUUUCGCUUCACCGCGAUCCCGCGCGAAUACGAAUUAUUUCGGUCAGAUUGACCGAAAUAAUUAUUCGUAUUCGAUGGGUUUCUGUGAUGUUCAACACGCAUGACACACAGACUUUCCGUUCGUGAUAUCAGCAGAGAUUAAGACCUCCGAACGGAACCGCGACGAAGAGAUUGGCGGAGAGCAAAGUGGUACAACUUCGAUCGCCUCGGGACGCGUCUCAACUCGCUAGUAAGCGAACAAAAAACAAGUCGUUAUCGCGUAACAUAUAUAUAUAUAUAUAUAUAUAUAUAUAUAUAUAUAUAUGUACGUAUAAAAAAAGAUAAUCAUAGAAAGCCGUAUGCAAAAGAAUGACGUAUGCAUUAUGUAUGUUCGCUAGAUUAGAUAAGUAAACUAUAAGUCCUCUCCCAAUGCAUAAUUAGUCCGUCUCUCGAAAUUGUACCGCUUUGAGCUUCACUUUGUAGUGUUUCCAGCACACUUUUGCAAAUUACCGGCGACGAGUUCGGCUCGGGCUGGUCGUUCGGCAAAACUCUGGAAAGGACAAAACGUAGUCGGGUUAAAAAGAAAGCUUGAUGUUCAACCGUUAUUAUCGUCUUGGCUGCAGUCUAUAUGUAUCGUUUAUUAUUAUUAUUAUUAUUAAUAUUAUUAUAUUAUCAUCAUGAUUAUUACUAUUAUACGUUUGACUAUCGUACGUAUUGUUGCUUUUCCAUGCGUUCCGGUCGAUAUCCGUUCGCGUUCGCGUUUUUCACUUCUUUAUCCAGGCGCGAUCCUUCUUUUCGCUUUGCUUCUUUCUUUUUUCUGCGCCUUUGAAUUAGUAGUUCGCUUCUGUCAUCGGUCGCUUUUCGCAACGCGAUCAGAGACCCGCUGACGGUAUUGUGAUAUUAAAAGUUACGAAGUGAUUAUGAGAAAAAGAAGUGAGUGUGAUUGCCGUUGGAACUUAGAUUAAGGACGCUCGUUUCUUGCUUUUCUUCGGGCGGGUCAGCAGUGAGGGAGAGAGAUGUCGCACGGAAUUAUACGGGGAUACACGUCCGUUUUGCCGUUUUGGCGUUCGGCACGAAAGUGCCAAAUCGCAGUCGGAAAUCUCCUCGCGGUUUGCUCGCAAGAAACGCGGUGAUCCUUUAAUCGGGCGAAUUGAAUGUUUUGUCGGAAGGGGUGAGAUUCUCUCUUUCUUUCUCUCUCGCGCCCGAAGCAUAGAUGAAAUUUGCGAUUGAAGCGCAUUGAUUUCGUUUUUCAAUAAAGUUUCAUGAUACAGAAUCGCCUCUUUCUCGAGAUGAGAGGUGAAUAACUGAUACUUUUUUCUCUUUUUUUUUACGGCGGAAUUGGCUGCUUGCGGUGGAAAAUUUUUAUGUAUUUUUAUACGUUUGCACGCGCGAUUAUAUGUUGUAUAUAUUAUAUAGUAUAAAUUAUGCGCGCGCGAUCUCCCUACUGACAAAAUUCAAUGUUGUGUGUGUAUAUGUGUGUGUAUAUGUGUGUGUAUAUAUAUAUACAUAUACAUACAUUUAUGUACGUAAAUAUAUAAUUUGAUACGAAGAAACAGGGACUUUCUCUCGUUUUGACAAAAAAUUUCGCCGGCUCGAUACAUAUUUAAUUAAUUAUUUUCUCGCGGAACAAAGGAUCUGAGUUAAAGAUAGCAUUUACAGUAUGAGAGUUCUUAUUACUUUGCGUAAUCUCAUCACGUCAGAAUCUGUAAAACAAGGGAUUUUCUUAAGUUCUCGGAAUGAUUGGAAAGUAAGGAUCGCAAGACUAUUUGGUAGAAAUUCGAAGACUACUAUACUAAGAAAGGAACACUUGAAAAUAAUUUUUUGUAUGGAAUAUAAAGUUUAUUCGUAGAAAUAAACUUUAUUCCAUAGAAAUAAACUUUAUUGCACAGAAAUAAACUUCAUAACCCAAAAAUAAAUUUUCAAGUAUCUUUACCCAGUGUAGGAGAAAAAAAAUCACGUGAAUUGACAUCUCAUUUCGUUAGAAAAAAGUUCAAUUUGGAGAGAAACUCCACCAAGGGAGGAACCCCGAUCCUCACCUUGAUGAUUUCGUGACGAAGGAAAGAUUCAAGCGAGGCGUCGCCAUUUUUCCUUUCUCUUUUCUUUUUGAAAUGAGAGGCGAUGGAACUACGACGACGAGUUCAACUCGUCCUCGCCUCUUAACAAACUAAAUGAUGGUAUCGAACCGGUUAAUGGUUUAAGGGGGAAGAGACAGAAUCCCGUCCAGAAAACUUUCCCACCAUCCUCCUCCGAGUCGUGCAUCCACCAUGCAUCCCUCUGCUUUGAUGGUAAAAAAAAAGAAAGAAAAGAAGGAGAAGAAAAGAGAAGUAACCAAAGGGUCACGUGAGAAUGAGAGACAGCCACGUGUAAAGUUAAACGCGCGGUGUAAAUUGUGGGCUAUCGCAUUUUGCACGAAGGUGUAAGACUGAUUUGCUGAUGUAACGAGCGAAUGGACGAACAAACGGCAUAAAAGUGUUGCCCGUUUCAAGUUAGCCGGCACUUCGCGAUAUCAGAUGAGAGUCAUUGCUCCGAAAAAAUUGACACUAAACUGAAAAAGAAAUACUUGAUAAUCUAUUUGGGACACAAUUUAUUUCUGUGAAAUAAAAUUUACUUCUGCGAAAUAAACUUUUAUCUCACAACAAAAUUUUCAAGCAUUUCUUUUUCAGUAUACACUAAAAAGAAAAUGCUCUGAAACGUAUUUGUGGGAUAACAGUUUCUUCCACGGAAAUAAACUUUCCUUUACAGAACUUUAUUUCGUAAAAAUAAACUUUAUAUCCCGCAAAUAAAUUUUCAAGUAUUUCUUUUUCAGAGUGUACACUUGGGAAAAAAUGGGAAAUUUGUUUGUGGGAUAUUUUUAUCUUAAAUUUUUUCAUGGAAAAAUAACUAAAUAAUAACUAAAUAAUAACUUUGGUUCAUAGAAAUAAAUUAUAUUUCGUAAAAAUAAACUAUAUUCCACAAAGAAAUAUUCAGAUAUUUUUCUCCUCAGUGUAUAUAUGUCACGAGAAAAAUCACGGGUUGUUUGUGUGUAAUCGUAAUGGAAAACGAAGGGAGAUCACUCUUUGCUUUCGACGCGUCGAUUAUCAUCAUCAUCGACGCCUGAUUUUUAAUUGUCGAUCUGAAAAGACCGCGGCUUUCUCUUCGGGCAAUGAUAUUUGUAAGGGCGAUUAGCGAAACCGAGAGUUUAAACAAAUUUAAACUUUUGCAGAAAUAAAAUAUAUAUGAACCUAAUUACUUGGCUUUUCAUUUCGGCUGAACAGUUCUAAAGAUGAAAACACUUCUGUAGAGAAAAUAAAAUUUUCCAUAUUUUUGCUAAUACUUCUAAAAGCAUAGAAGAUAUUGAAGAAAUGCCUGUUUACCAUAAACAACGCUACAUUUUAGAAUUUUCUUCUACUUCUUAAAGAGCAAAAUUCAACUGGAUUAGUAAAUUUAUCAAGAUGUAUUGAUAAAUAGCCGCUUUUAUACCAUGCAUAUUUAAAUAAACUUUGGAAUCUUAGAGAAAAAAACUGAUUAAGUAUCAAGAGUUGUAAUUUUAUGAUAUUAUUAUGCGAAUGUAAAUUAACAUAAAGAUCUUGUGAAAAAUUUUUUAUUUUAUUAUUACAGAACAAUAAAAAUUUUAUUACAGAACAAUAAAAAUUUUCGAAAGUAAGGGUGUAAAGGAAUUGAAAAAUUUUUUUUUAAUUGUUAGUCAUAUUAAAGAUAAUUGUAUAUCACAAAAUUUGAUAUUUAAUAUUUUUUCAAUAUCUCAUAUUUUCAAAGAUAUUUGCAAAAAUAUAGAAAGUUAAAUUUUCUUUGAAAAGAUAUUUUAACCCUUAGAACUAUUUUUCAAUCAAAAUGAAAAAUAUCUAACAAGGAAAUCUUGUCUAUCGGCCUUUUAGAGGGUGAAAUGCCUUUAAACAAAAAUCGAUAUUUUUCUUUCGGAGCGUGGAUCGUCAAAGUUAUAAGAGAUAAGAAAAAUUUUCUUAAUAAAAAUUUAAUGGUACGUAAAGUAUUUUACAAUUUGAGCGUUUUAGUUUUUUAAAAGUGUUAAAAUUUUAAAUAUACUCCUAUCACUUACCAAUUUUUUUUAUAAUCUAAGAAUUUUUUUCUUAAAAAAAGUAUAUUAAAAAAUAAAAGGAUAUUUUAUGCUAAAUCCAAAUAUAUAUAUUGGUGCCAUUUUCCGACAUAUGAAUUUUUCGAAAAAUAAGUGGGAACAUCUUUAAUAUAUCCGCAAUGCUAUAUAUAUCCAAUCCAUUUGAUACAUAUACGUAACACGGUCUCUUCGAAUUUCCUCAUAGUGAGAAACGAUACUGAUGUGCAGAAUAUAUAAUCAUAAAACAUUUCAAUAUAUAACAAUAAGAAGAAUAAUAAUACUAAUUAUUUUGUACACGACAGUACUCAUAUAUUCACACUGUGUCUUUAUAAAAAAAUAUAUAUACACUUUCUCCGAAAGUGAAAUUUUAUUUAUGAAAAGUUUCUGAGUCUAUUUGUAGGAUGUAACGUUAACUAUUACGACGGAAGCGAUACACGGAAUUGCAAGAUCGCUUAUGUUUAUUAACGCGACGUUUUCGCUUGACUUUUAUAUAUAUAUAUAUAUAUUGGCUGCGCUUCAAUAUUCAUUGUAAAUAUUAAAAAUUUAUAAAAAAACACAUACGCAUAUAUACAUGCAUAUACACAAAUAAUUUGAACUAUUUUCAACGUUGGCAGUAGUUUUGGAACACAGCCAUUGUGUGAUACGUAUAUUACUGUUGCAUUUAUAUAUCGGUUACAAUGUAACUCGAGAAUAGUGCAUUUUAACUAUUUGCGAUAUUAGUGCGAAUAUUAAAUGAGGAUAAUACGGAUAGAGAAUACUGAUGCGAGGAUAAUACUGACAGUGUUAACGCAUGCGCCGAAUAUUUUUUCAGGACUUAAUAUAUAUUUUAUUUAAUACAACGUACGCGGCGAAUUUACCUUUCAUGUCAGACCAACUCUUUUAUCUUAAAUUAUUAAAUUAAUCCUUAUACUUCAUCUCCUAUUUCAAUUAUGAACUAUAUACUUUUCUUUAUUCUUAUAUAAUAACAAUAAUGUUUUAAUACUUUUUCAAAAUCAUUGUUAACAUCAUAUAAGAAUAAAGAAAACUAUACAGUGUAUGAUUGAAAUAGGAAAUAGUGUAUUAGGAUCAAUUUGCAUAAUUCAAAAUAAAAGAAUUUGUCUGACGUGGAAAGUAAAUUCGCCGCGUACGUUACAAGUCUGGAAAAAAUAUUCAGCGUUAAUAUUGCAUUAAUACUGUAAGAGAGUAUUAUUCUCCCAUAGUUUACUAUUCGCACUAAUAAUCGCGACUGGAUUUCAUUGCCAUAUUUUCCCUCAUUUUAUUGGAGCACAUCAUAGGAUCAUUAUUUAUUUAAUUCAUAGUACACUGAAAAUAAAAUAUAUAUACAAAUAUAUAUUCAAUAAUAUAAAUAGCUUUUCAAGAUUGAGAUAAAUAAUCUUUGAUAAAAAAUAAUUAUAUGAAAGAAAGAAUGAAAAAAGAAUGUAAAUGAAAAGAUUUUGUAAUAUAGGAUUUUAUUUGGAUUCAUACACACACACACACACACACACACACACACGUGGGAAAAGAUAAAAAUAGAUUAUACACAUAUGUUCAUACGCAUGGUUUCGAUGUUUCUUUUUAUUUCCAUUUAAUCAUUUGUGAUUUUCUUCUUCUAAUUCAAAUUUGUUCUCAUACAUUUGUUGUAAUUUGGUUUCUAUUUUUCCUUUUACUUCCAUUUCAUCAUUUGUAGUGGGAGUUUCAGGCAAAUUUAAAGAUGUAAAUACUGCUAUACUGCGUAUAGCAGCAUUACUACGUUCAGCGGAUUGAACAUUUUAUCUUAAAAGUUAUAAACAUUGUAUGUACAUACAUUAUAAUAUUUAUAGUUCAUACAUAUUGAACAUAUGAUGAUCAUGAAAGAAAUGUUAAAUAUAAAGUGAUUUCUUAUAUUAAGCGUAUGUAAUUAUCAAGAGACAUUGUAAUGUCUCGCGCCAAGUGCACGCGCAAAGCGCGUAGCAAUAUCGCUACAAAUAUCGCAUGUUGCUUUAUUAGAUUUCUUUUUGGAACAAAAGUUUAUAGGUGUUUCAAAUUCUGAUGGUUUUUCUUCUAUAUAACCGCUUUUAUACCAUACAUAUUUGAUUAAAUUUCUAAACUUUGAUGGCGAAAAUUGAUAGUGUGUUAAAGAUUGCAAUUUUAAAAUAGUAAUCGCGAGCAUAAAGUUCUAUUUCCAAAUCUAAAAACAAUACCGUAUCCGAGAAAUGUUUUAUAAAGUUUUUCUAUAAACGGAAAUCAUACGGGAGCGGUGCACUUGGACACGGUGCAUUUGGACACAGCCAAUCACAGCACCGUGUGAUUAGAGACAUUUGUAGGGUCCCUUGGAAUAGCGACUUGUGAUUGGACUGUGUCCAGUUGCCCCGUGUCCAACUGAUAUACACCCAAAUCAUACACAUCUAACGGUCUGACACAUUAUUUCGUUCGUUUUCCGUAUCUUCUUCUUCUUCAUUUAUUAUUACUUCCGCUUCCGGUAUGUCGAAUGAAUUUUGGGAAUCAAGAAUCUUCUUCUUCUAUUUCAUAUUUGUUCUCGUACAUUUGUUGUAGCAUAGUUUCUAUUUUUCCUUUUACUUCCAUUUCAUUAUUUGUAAUGAGAGAAAUUCUUCUUUUGCUAUUUCAUAUUUGUUCUCAUAUAUUUGUUUUAGGUUGGUUUCUAUUUUUCCUUUUAUCUCUAUUUCAUCAUUUGUAAUGGGAGUAGAAAUAUAUUUUAAUUUUGGAUUUAAUUACUGAAAGUUUACAGGCUCGAGAUUACGAAUAAGAAUAUUGAUUUCAUUAAAGCGGUUCCAUGUAUACUUAUGAUGAUCAUAAAAGAAAUAUUGGUCCUAAAAAAUCUAUAAAUGCGAUUUCGUGUUUUAGCGGAUCUACUAUCAAAUUGCAUACAAAAUGUAAGGGAGGAAUGCUAGUCUUGUAUCAUAAUGACGAAAGAUUGUCCAAUUUCCCUCAGGCGCAUGGACGUGCGUUUUUAUGAGUUGUUACAAUAUAAUCGCGACACGAAACGGUGACUAACUGCGCUUGUUGAAUACAAAAUGAUUUCUUACACCAAACACAUGUAAUUACAGCACUAUCGCCGCAAAUAUCGCAUGUUGCUUUAUUAGAUUUUUUUUAAAACAAAUAUUUAUAGCUGUUACAAAUUCUGAUGUUUUUCUACUAUAUAACCACUUUUAUACCAUGCAUAUUUCAUUAAGUUUCUAAACUUUGAUGAUAAAAACUGAUAGUGCGUUAAAUAUUGCAAUUUUAAAAUAGUAUCGCAAUUUUAAAAUAGUAUCGCAAGCAUAAAGUCGAAUAAAUUUUGGAAAUCAAAAGACUCUUCUAUUUUAUAUUUGUUCUCAUUACAUUGUUCUCGUUUCAUUUGUUGUAGCAUAGUUUCUAUUUUUCCUUUUACGUCCAUUUUAUCAUUUGUAUACGAAAUCGCAUUUACAGAUUUUUUAGGGCCAACUUUUUUUUAUGAUCAUCAUACGUAUACAUGGAACCGCUUUAAUGAAAUCAAUAUUCUUAUCCGUAAUCUCGAACCUGUGAACUUUCAGUAAUUAAAUUCAAAAUUAAAAUAUUUCAUAUUUGUUCUCAUACAUUUGUUGUAAUAUAGUUUCUAUUUUUCCUUUUACUUCCAUUUUAUCAUUUGUAAUGAGAGACACUCUUCUUCUUCUAUUUCAUAUUUGUUCUCAUACAUUUGUUGUAAUAUGGUUUCUAUUUUACCUUUUAUCUCCAUUUCAAAAUUUGUAAUUGGAGUUUCAGGAAAAUUUAAAGAUGUAAAUACUGCGUAUAGCAGCAUUAUUAUGUUCAGCGGAUUGAACAUUUUACCUUAAAAGUUAUAAACAUUGUAUAUACAUACAUGUUUUUGAAAUAUAAUUAAUCAUAAUUCAAAGAAUAAUAUUGCUUUAUUAUUAAAUGCAAUAUAUUUAUGAAAUUUUGUACUGACUUCGUGAAAUCGUGUUUCAGUAGAUAACAACUAUCCAAUAGAAUAACAUUAUGUAAUAUAUGGGCAAAAUCUUUUGAUAUCUGUAUUACACGACUUUUUCACUAAGAAAGAAAUCCACACAAAUAUCCGCCUCCGAUUUUCAUAAAUUUGUAAUGUAGUUCUUUAGAUCAAAAUAACAUGAUAUGUAUUUUUUUAUAUGUGUCCUUUCGUAAGUUUAGGGGGUGAAAUAUCCCUUUGAAAAAAAUCAGUUUUUUCAUUCAAAUAUAAUAAAAACUAUAAGAGAUAGAAAAAAAUAUUUUCAAUAAAUACAGCACGCAUUUGUUACAAUUUCAUAAUUGUUACAAUCAUAUAAUUCAUUAUGUGAAUAUUAAAUAUUUUUAUUGUUUUCCUUGUCUUCCUUAUUGAUAAAUAAUGAUCCUGAUUGAUAAUUGAGUAAAGUUGUUUUUUGUCUUUCCUUAUUGAUGAUAGAGAAAAAUAAAAACUUAAUUAUAAAAUUUUCAUAUUUUUUACUCUAUCCUUCGCAUAAAUAUUUAUAAUUAUAAAUUUUUUUUUCUCUUUAUAUUUAUUCGUUAUUUCUCCAUAUGUUCUUCAUUUUCACAAGCUCUUUCUUGCCUCUCAUGCACCAUUUGUAUUAAUAUUCCUCUAUCAACAUCUCUGGAUCGAUUAAUGUCAGUACCUCUGUUGAGGACUUGUCCUUCACUAGAAGUUGUGGGCUGAUUGUAUUCUGUUGUAACUGGCAGAUUUCCAUGAGCUUUUCCUUGCCUCUCACGAAGUAUUUCUAUUAUUCUUCCUCUAUCAAUAUAUUUGGACUGAUUAUUAUCAGAAUAUCUCUGAUCAAGGAAAGAUCAUACAACAGCGACAAGAAUGUUUUCUUGCAUUUAUCACAUAUUGGAGAAGGAAACUAUGUAUAACAAAGUUUAAAUCCGACAAUAACGAAAAACAAUAAUAAGAAAUAUAAUUACUUAAUGUUAUUUAUAUAAAUAAUAAAGUAUCUUUGGCAGAUGAACAUCACACUUCGCACAAGGCAUGUCUAUUUUAAACACACAAUUUUAAAAUUAUCAAUAGAUAGACUGCAUAGAUAGACUACAAUACAUUACAUGUAUUAUCGCCAAUAUACACAGAAAUAUGUGUCAUUUCGUUCGCGCAAUUUAAAAAAAUUCGUUUUCAUAUCUUCAUACAAUGACUUUAUUACAUAUUGAAGUGAUACAUAAACAUUUCGCCGACUAUACGUGAUAAAAACUUUCGUCAUUUAAUUCAGAAAUUAGUUUGUCUCUAUCGUCAUUUCCUGUAAGGAAAAAUAUAAGUAGAAUACGUGCUGCGUACGAACGGGUAUGGAUAGCACAUGCGUAUAUAAGAGUUUAUAAUUUUUCUUUGAAAAUGAUAUAUCAUAAAAUAACUUUAUCAUAUAUAGUGAAUAUUGAAUUCAUAUUGAAAUAGUUUAAUUUCGUUAUUAACAAAUUUUACAAUUUGAAAAAUAAGAAAUAGGGAAAUAUUGAAAAAAAAAAAUGUUUUAUUAACUAAACUUGCGAAAGGGCACAUAUAAAAAAAUACUUAUUUGUUAUUUUGAUCUAAAGAACAACAUUUUACAAAUUAAUGAAAGUCGGAAGUGGACACUUGUGUGGGUUUCCUUGUAAAAUGAUACAAAAGAGCAAGAAAUGUUUCUUUACAAUGUUGUAAAGCAAAAAUAAUGGUUAAAUAAACAAAUUUAUGUAUGUACAGUCACAAAUAAUACAUCGUGAAACGAUGGAACAUAUUGAAUUACUCACGCUCACUCUUAUACUAUUACUUAUAUAUAACAUAUACUCCUUUCAUUAUGUUUAUUCACGAUUUGCGUCAGGUUCACAAACGUGACCGACAACAUAUUUUCCUGCACUUCAAACAUAUUUAAAAUUUAACUAGCUUGUUAUGAAGCUUUUAUUAGACUUUUGAUUAAACUGAUGAUUUAAUCAUAGAUCUAUGAUUAUACAGAAUGGAAAUAAGAUAAGGCGGAAAUAAAGACGAUGGCGGAUCAUCAUAUAAGGCUUCACAAUUGAUGAUGUGUGUAUAUGAAUAAUUAUGUUGAAUAUUUGCAAUUAAAAGUAACAUCAUACUAUAAUUAUGUGACGCAUGAUUUCGUAUGCGUCGUUUUCAGUAUAUGCCAUGUGUGGAUACAGUAGAAACUUCGCGUUAAUAAACAUGAGCGAUCUUGCAACUCCUUGUAUCGCUUCUAUCGUAGUAGUUAAACGUCACAACUUACAAAAAUAGACUCACAAACUUUUCGUAACUAAAGUUUCACUUUCAGAGAACGUAUAUAUAUAUUUUUCGUAAAGACAAAUUGUGAGAAUAUAUGACUACUGCUGUGUAUAAAAUAAUUAGUAUUAUCAUUGUUGUUAUCGUUAUGUUGAAACAUUUAUUUUGAUUAAGUAUACAGUAUAACGUUGCGGAUAUAUAAAAGUAUUCCCAUUUAUUUUUCGAAAAGUCCAUAUGUCGGAGAAACCAUUAUAUACAUAUAAUUGGAUUUGGCAUAAAAUAUUCCUUCAUUUGGAACAGAAUUCUUAGAUUAUAAAAAAAUUGGUAAGUGAUGGGGAUGUUUAAAAUUUUAACAUUAAAAAAAACAUUAAAAGAUUGAUUAGGCACAUACAAAAAAAUACGUGUCUCUUAUUUUGGUCUACAUUACAACAUCAAGCUUAUCCAAAAAAAAAGGAACCGCCUCAUGUUUCCUUAUAAGUGAUUAUAGGUUCAUAUAUAAUAAACGUACUGCAAAAAAUUUUUCGGUUUUGCGAAUUUCCCUUGUUGGUCCAUCCUGUACGUUAACGGUGUGAUCAGCAAUUAUUUGUUAAUAACAAACGCUACAAACGACGUCGCAAGUCGGAAUUAUUGUCGCGAUUGCAGAGCGACGAGAAGCAAUACUCGCGGCCUCGUUUCACUGUUAUAUUAAUUAAUGGGAGAGCGUGUGUGAGUGGGUGAGUUGCGAAUGCGCAUAUAAUACGUUUUACACAAAAGAUUAAUCCUGAACAGUAUAAAACAUCCUUCUUUUUACAUGGAGAAUUAUGAAUGCGAAUGAUGCCCGCGUAUACAUGUAUGUGUUACAUUAUCAAACAAAAAAAAUAUAUAUGUAAAACAUAAUUUAUAUUACAUCGCAAAUAUCGUAUAUAUACAUAUAACGAUACAUUUUAUAAUAAAAUUCGAGAUUUAUCACGCGAAACAGCUCGCAUAAUUGUAAUGCGUGACGAGGAGUCGAGUGGAGUCUCGAGGAAACUGUUUAGAGAACCGCACGGUUAUUUUACUUCUAUUUAAUUUUAUAAUCAUAGAGUAUACGUAUAUGUAUGGAAACGGUCUCGUGCGAAAUUUAAAAAAACUGGGAGCCCGUCAGACGUUGUUUAUACUGUCGAGGGUUAAAAGAUGCACGGAACAAUGUAUGUGUUUUCUAAAAUAAUAUAUCGUGAUAAAACAAUAAUGUCGUGUGUGGUAAAUAGCGAUGAUUAUCCUCGUUAAUCGCGUUUUUACAGUGCGUGGGUGUUUUAUUGGAGACGUUGCAAGAAUUUAUCUCGUUUUUUCUAUAGAACUACGAUCUUAUUGUGUAAAAACCGCUUCGUGACGAUCCGUGAGCCGCAAUGCGCCGAAUUCGCAAUGAUAGUUAUUGUCCGUGAAAAAGAAAGAACAAAAAGAAGCAUUUGAAGAAAUAGAAUCACGUUUACUCGAUCUCGUCUGUACACACAUCGACGAGCCAUCAAAUGUUAUCCCGCGUUACGUGGCACGUGUGAAAAAUCACAGAGAAAAUUCCGUCGCGAAUUGCGGACCGUCCGAAGCGGAUUCUCAAGAAAAGAGUACAAGUUUUUCCCUAAAGCGAGGAAUAUAAAGAAACGAAAAGAAAUAAAAAAAAAAAAAAAACAUUACGAAACAAAUAUACACAAUUGUAUGUAAAAUUAGAGUAAAACAUCUGACGACGUUAUCGAGGUGUAUAUCCCUCGGUAGUCCCGCAAAGGGCCGAGAAUCAUAGAGAAAAAAAAAAUUGUGUGCGAAGAUCCAUACGAUGUAUUAACGAUAUAUCAUUCAAUUCAGUUACCGAUCAGUUGCGCCGGCGAACACGUUCCGUUGCUCUCUCUCCUUCUCUCUCGUUUACGUAACAGUUUGCGGCACAGCCGAUCCGCGCCGAUCGGCUGCUUGUGUCUACCAUUGUUUAUCGUUUGUAGCGAUUGUUCGCUGUUGACAAGAAACACGACGCGAGCCUUGGCAGGAUCGACCCGCGAAGCGACGUUGCGUCACGCGCGGCCGCGCCGUUGUUGCAAAUUACGUUUUACAUACCGCGGGACGCACUCACGUUGCUCCCAUUUUUGCGAAGCGAUUGUUUCUUGACGAGCCGUCAGAGGAAGAACUUCCUGAUCUCAUGAGCGGGCGAAGGCUUUCCGCGCUGUAAACCGCGAAGGGCGAGAGUUGUCCUGGCGAACGCCUCUUUUUGCGCGACGCUUUGGCACUGCAACGACGAUCACAGUUAAAGUCGUUAACUCUGCGAACAGUAUGAAAAAUAUUUAAGGUAAAAUUAUCAAUAUGCCUGGAUACUAACACCAAUACUUAACUCUGGACAUUCUUAUUGUCUUUAUGAAGACGAAUAUUUGAGCUUUUAAUUUGGGAUAUACAUACAAACAUAUAUUGAAUAUAUUGUAUAUUCUAUGUAUAUUUGCGUGUUCUAUGUGUAUAUGUGGAAGUUGAAAUAUUCGUACCUAGAAACCAAAACAACAAGUAUGUCUAGAGUUAAGUGCCAGUGUUAUCAGCGUACGGGAAUUCGUACUUUCACCUCGUAUAAAUAUAUGAGGGUUUUUGUGUCAACACUUGCAUGUUUAUGUCUGAGGGACACUUGAAGUUCGCGAAUUGUAAGGAUCAGUUUGAGAUGAUCGAUCGAGGAUCUGUCGGUGGUCGGGAACGGAAUUGAUGGUAAUUUCCCGCCUAACUUCUGUCAACAUCUUCGAGGCGGACGGGCUCGUUUUUCAUACUGUUCGGAGUUAAACGAACAGGCGAAGUCGAGGGUCGAUAAAGUGUGCUCUUCGCGGCGAAAGGGUGGAGAGAUGAGGAUAAUGGUUUCUCGUAUCGUGGAGAUAGAGAGGAAGGGAAGGAAGCAGAGAGCGAGAGACAGAUAUUCGUAAUGUUGCACAGCAACGAUUUGCGCGACGCUCGCUGUGCUUUGGAUAUUUUUGUACCUUGCGCGAUAUGAAAGUCCGAUUACGUAGUUUUCCGCGAUAGUUUUGCCGCGGACUAACGCCGCGGCUUUUCGAUACGUUAGUGAUCCUUUGCGAACGUAUUCUCGUAUUAAGAAACUACUAUGUGAUGUUAUUUCUAAUUUGUAAUAUCUGCGACAAUUUAUCUGCGUAAGAGAAAUGCAAUUAAUAAAAAGAGAUAUAUAUGUAUAUAUAUAUCAAAGAGGA